AUGUUCUCGCAAGAAAACCGGAUCACCGACCUCAAGAACCUCACUUGGCUGCACCUCGUCGUGUUCGCCGAGUUUAUCGUCACGGCUAUCCUGUUCAUCUUCACCACAGGUUCGCCACAGCAUCAGAAUCCCCGAAACAGGGCUCCUUAAGUUGGCGUCGCCAUCGGAGAGCAAGUGUGCCCCGUCUUCCUUCUCUCUCUGCUCCAGUUCGGAAUCGCUCUCCCGGGCCUGGUCUACAUCAUUCGCGGCGACACUGGUGAUCCUGGGACUUGAAGCUUGAUCAUCUCCUUACUGCAGUUUGCCUCGCCAUCUACAUCUCCCUUCAAAGCAUCACUGGAGUCUGUGAACUUGUUUGGUUCGGUAUUCAGCUGGCAAAGUUGGCAGAGUUCCUCGUCAUUGCCGCGUUGGCCUCCCUGGCCAUUCUACAAGUGGGCUUCAAUAAGGAUCUCUUGAAUCCUUCCCUCUUUGGUCCGAACAAGAGAGCGAAAUUUUUGUACAAAUCCAAAUUACUUUUGCUAUUUAGAUUUCGCUACAGCGUAAAAAGUUGCGUUAUAAGGUCCGAUUAUCGUUUUGAGCCCAUUUCAAAUCAAAAAUCGCACAUAGAAAUCUUGAAGUAAAUCUAUAACAGCUACUGGGAAAAUUCUUAGUGGCCACUAUACAGGCUCGCCAAGAAUUACUUGGAGAGGACACUAAAGUGGCCACUAGUUUCCGUUUUAGUGGCCACUUCAGUAGUUUUUCAUCCAGUAUUCCUUCCAGUAACUCUGAUAAUUUUAAAACACACAGAUUGGACCAGUUAUGAUGAUCCAUUGACCCCUAAAGUGGCCACCAAAAAUUUUUUUUGGUCUAGUAGUAGCACUUAGACCUCUGUAGUGGCCAUUAUUUUUAACCCCUUGAGGCGCCACUAAUUUGACUACUAUAGUGGCCACUAAAUAUUUUUCCAGUACAUAAGAGAUAACAAAUCCUUUUAAUUUUUUCGAUGUACCAGGUGAUGAUCCUGAAAGUCUCAACCUCUUAGUUUUCAACAAAAAAAAGGGGUUAAAGUCGAAAAGAACCCUUCAAAAAGGUUAUUUUUGAACCAAUUUUUCGGAAAAUCUAAAAAACGAAAAAUAAAAUGACCUCUCAAGUCAUAUCACAGUGUUAAACCUUCCACAGAUCGUUUCCAUUGUGGUUGCGAGUUUUUUCCGCCACACACUUUUGAAUGGCUCGAGGGUGGAAGCCGCACGGAGUAACGAGUCGAACGUCCUGAACGAUUCGAACUUGACUAUCAGCUACUCUUCGCAAACGCAGCCCGAGAUGCACAGUUGGUAUAUGUCAAGCUUCCGAAUCUGAUGACGAUGUUCAGAUGCGUCCGUGUCCCUGGGCGAGUCGACUCGUUCUUCGGCUCCAGAGGACAGUAGAACGGAAACGAGCGCCCAUACGCCGCAUCGGUCUUCUAAGAACAGUAGUCGUAGCGAAAAGUUGAGGAGGAAAAGCAGAAAGAACAAGGCUGCGAAUCUUGAAGAGAAGAUCGAGAAAAUUGCGUGAGUGUAAUAAAAAGAAGUUUUAAAAAAAUGAAAUGAAGGCAAUUCAAGGGCGCAUACAUAGAGACCGCAAAGCCCCGCCCCUUUUCGCGACUCUGAACUCUAUAAUCGAUCUUUCGGGUUCAGGCAAAGUCCAAACGACCUCAAAGUGGCCCUUAAAGCUCACUUUUGAGUUCUUAAAAAGGUGUCAAAAGUUUCUUGGAAUCUUCUUUUUUCCGCGUCCUAUUUUUAAUCUCCUUAAAAGGUCCUUUUCAGAAAAAAAAAAGUCUAAAAAAGGGGCCUUUGAGGCCUUUUGAGACCUUUUGGACUUUGCCCGUGUUGGUUGCCUCAUUCGGGAUUCGAAUGUCUGCGCUCUCUUCUCUCUCAACGCUGACGUCAGAACAAAUCAAAAUAGCACGUAAACCUGAGAGGAAAGAGACCGCAGACAAACCGAAUAUUAUUGAGAUCAAAGAGUUUACCGGCUUGACAUUUUUCGCAUGUCUGCGUCUCUCUGUUCCCUCACCGCGAGGCUAGAGAAACAUGGAAACAUCACGGGAACAUGAGAGAGACGUCGAGAGAUAAGGAGGGCGCAGAGAAGUCAAGUUGCAAAAAACGGACCACGCGGAAGAAACAACCUUGCAAAAAUCGAAAAAAGCUGAAAAUUAAUUUUUUACCAUGAUAAGGGAGACGAAUUUUUGGUCGUUGAUCAUUAUUAGCCGUGAUAAUCUUUCAUCAUACUGAUAGAAGAAGAAAUUUAUUGCAGGUCUCCGAGCGGCGUCUCCAUAUCGAGCCUCCCCAGCGAGCUUCCUUCCACCGCCCAGGUAAACGUCACUGAUACUUUCAAAAAAACAUGGUUGAUAGUUCAAGAGUACGACCGUGUGAUUCUCUUCUCCGACCUGUCUUUUUCUCAUCCUUGGCGCCUUGUUAAUAAAACUCUUCGUUGUCUCGUUGCUGUUCUGUUUUGUGUUGGUUUGUGAAGGGGGGGCGUGAAGUCGUGACGCGCGCAAUUUUUUGCUGAAGUCUCAAGGUCGACGGCAACCGCUCGUUUUGUUACCCUUUUUUUGACCCGAAGUGCGACGAAGGCCGCCGAAGAAUGCGGCUGACGACGGUGUUCGCGGCCUUGUUCGGCGUGUGGCCGUCGCCGUCAGAAGCGGUGCAUGUGGCGUUGUUCCCCUCGACGGGAUGCUUCAGCCACGACGUGAUGAUGCGUCAGGUCGGCUCGAGCAUCAACGCCGACCGCUUCACUUGGGUCCAGACGUUUCUCUACGACUUUGGCUUUGGCCAGAUCGCCUUGCCGAGCUCCUGGCGACGCAUCAGCCUCUGGGGCUUUGACAGUCAAGGUCGUUUUAUAUUGUCGAUUUGAAGAUGACCGAGUUACCUGCUUUCAGGCCAGAAGCUGAUCGAAGAGGCUGGCGCCUUGCUCUGGGAGCUGAACGUUCCUUUUGACAUCGAUCGUCCGUUCGAUUUGCGAGGCAUUUCGUCCUUUCUCGUGUAGGUUGAUUCUUAUAGUAACCGUAGCUAUGUUUUUUCACUGUAUUUUAUUCUUUUCAAUGUUUGUUGUGUGUUUUUGGCUUCGUGAGAUGUUUCUUGUGUUCACAAAGUUCAGGUUCAAAAUGAUCAUUGGGUUCAAUUUGUAAAGGUCACAGCUUGAAUGGUUAUUGGUCCAUAGGGGAUGAUCUACAAGGAUAUAGUCCGUUUUUCGCGACUUCUCUGCGCCCUCCUCAUCUCUCGACGUCUCUCUCAUGUUUACAUGCUUUUUCCAUGUUUUUCUGACCUCACCGGUAGGGACCGCAGACCAAUUUUCGAAAAAUUUUUUUCAGCAUUGAGCUUUGCAUGGUUUGAUAGCUGUUUCGAUUCGAAACUCAGAACCGUUUAGUUUUUCAGAAAAGAUUGAGGAUGAAAAAAGUUAUGACGAAAAAUGUGGCGCGCUGCGCACCAUUUUUUUAGUACUGAAAUUUUGGUAUUAUCCAUUUUAGACAUUUUUCUCGAUUUUUCUUUUAGAACAAUUUUUGAUACUGGUCUAUUAUGAUGUAAGAAAUCAUAAUAGAGCUCUAAAAUGAUGAAAAUUAGCUAGUUUGCCGAAAAAGUCGGUAUUUUCCAGAAAACAAAAAACUGACGCUUGCGGGUAUCGAACUCGCGACCUCAAAAUGAAAAAUCGCAGCGCACGCCCUGCGAUUUUUUUUUUCCAAGCUGUUAGGUCUUGCGAAGGGAGCUUCCAUCCGCCAUACCCUUGAGCCGUUUGAAUAGCACAGAUUGCCUAUUUCAAAAAAAUAAAAAAAUUUGAAGUAAUUUAGCUAUUUUUUUAUCAGAAAAAUGUUCGCAAAUCUUUACUCAAAUUUUUCCGUGGAAAUUCACUUCGAAAAAAACAGUUUUUUUCAGUGCUUUUUUUGCCUCGUUUAACGAUCACUGCAUUAAAAACGGCCCCGUAAAUUUUUUUGGCAAAGACGAAUUUUUUUAUUUUAUUCUUUUUAAUUAAAAACAUUUUUUUACUAAUAAAUGUAUAUAAUCGUUUGAAAAAAACCUGCGUUCGACCGCUUUUUUUGUUUGAUAAACGCCGCUAAUUUUAUUCUCUAGUUUCAAGAGCAUUUUUUUGCGUAUUAAACAACUUUUUUUCAAGCACAUAGGCUGUGAAGAAAAAAAUUUAAGUAAGCCCAUGGUCUAAAUUUUGAAAAAAACAAAAAAACUCGAUUAUAUUCGCUUAUUAACGAUAUUUUUGAAUUAUGACUUUCGGCACUCCCUAAAAAUUUUUUUGGCAAAGACGAAUUUUUUUAUUUUAUUGUUUUAAAAUUACCGUUACUUGAAUCAAAAAUCAUUAUAUAAAAAAAGAAAGAGUGCGUUCGACCUGAAAAACACAUGAAAAAAAGCAAAAAAAUGACAAAAAUUUUUUUAGUUCCAUUCACGUUUUUUUGUACGACAUUCCGCGAGAACGCAUCAAAAAAAGCGUGAAAUAUUUUUUUUAAACGAAAGAGGAAGCUUUUUCUGUACAUGUGUGUCAAAUUUUAUUCGCCAGUUCCACAUAUUUUACAACUACAACAAAAUGAAAGUUGAAAACCAAAAAAAAAACCACUUUUUCUAUCGCGAAAAGGGGCGCGGCUUUGCGGUCCCUACUCACCGGUGAGGGAACAGAGAGACGCAGAUACGCGAGAACUGUCAAGUCGCGGCUAACGGACUAUUCACGAUUCUACUGAAAAAUAGCGAUGGUGUCCAAUUAAUAUUAGCUUUGCAGAAUGCUCCAGCGGCACCAAAAAAGCUGCGAGAAGAUGAUGUCGGACUCGCGGUUCCAACGUCUUCGGCAUGAGAAUGUGGACGUUGUCGUUCUUGACCACUUUCUACAGGUAUGGCCUUUUUUUGUAAAAAAAGUGUUUUACUCGAAACUCUUUGAAAGAAUGAUUUUAUUUCAUUUUUUUGGAGGGGGUUGUUAUAAUAAAUGAUUGCAACGAGAACGUAAGAUUAGAAAGAAAGUAAGAGAUAGACCGGAGAAUAACGAUACGAGGCUAACCCUAACUAGUUGAAAAAGAGCUGGAAGUUAUGACACAGUAUUCUGGAAGGGAUUUGAUCAACUCAUACAGGUAGAUUUUUCCGUUUGUCACGAAAUGGGACUGAAGAGGCAACGAAGGUAGUUAAUCUCAUAGAGGAAUGUUUUUUUUGGAAAAAUCUUCAAAGACCGAGUUUCAGAUAACCACAGUUUUGAGUAGAAUGUCUUCCCAUGUCGAGGUUUUUUUUUAUGAUUUCCUUUUUACCUAUCAAAAUUGGUAACGCCAAAAUACUAAGCAAUUAAAAUCUUCUAACUGGUUUUCUGAACAAAAAGCCAAAUCGCAUUAGUUGCUAAUUCGGAAAGUGUAGUUCGUUUGGCACAGUGUCGGUCUUAAUUGAAGUAAGCUUGUAAGUUUGUUUAAAAUCUUUUAACAUCAAUGAGAGUCAUUAUGAGUUAAAAAAGGUAAACCUUUGAAAUUUCAAAACGUUUGAGCACACAUAAAGUUGUUGUGGGAAGUUCAUCAUUUUUAAUUCAAAAAUAUGGAUCGUCGUUUUUGUGAUUUCGGCCCAAAAACCGUCCCAAAAACUCACAAAAAGAGAAUAGAAGCUUCAUAAGCUGUCUAGACUUGUUGAGUGCUGUCGAUUACAUAUAUUAGCAAAACAUUUCACUUUUUUCCGUUUUUUUAAGCGUAUAAAAUGAGGAAAAACGCGACAAAAAAUGGCGCGUUUUUUGAGGGGAAGUGGGCGUGGCUCUGCGGUCCCUAAGUAUGAAUAUAAAACAUCAAAACCUCACGAUUGCUCACAUGAACAUUCUUUGAAAGUUAGGUACCUGUCGGAAAUGGGAGCGGCCAAUCUUUCUCUCGGUCCCAUGGUCGCCGGUGAAUGGCGAGACUUUCCGAUCAACAAGAUCAUGAUUUUUGAAAAAAAGUCUUUUUCUGAUAAAUCGUUACCUUUGGGGAUAGAGAUUAUCAUAUUUAAUAUGCACACCUUACACUUUAACCUCUUUUGAUAUCCCCAACAACUUAGAAAUUUCAAAGUGAUCCCUACAGGGGUUAGGGGAAAACAGCCCCUGUAGGGACCGAAAAGUGGUCCCUAUAGCGGUAUAAUCAAGAUGGACUCUAUAGGGUUUUAGAAUAUGACCAAUUAGAUCCUUAAACUUAUGUGUUCCCUAUAGGAGUCGUUCAAUUUCAUUUGAAAAAGCUUAGAGGCCGAAAAGUGAUCCCUAUAGGGAUAAAAUUAAGGUGGUCCCUUUAGGGGUUAAGGGUCUGACCUCUUGGCCCCUAAAGCUCAAGUGGUCCCUAUAGGAGUCGUUCAAUUCCAUUCAAAAAUGGUUAUUUUAUUUUUUCGCAUGAAAAUGCUUCAUAAAAAUUAUCGACUAGCAUGUCCCAGGGGCCAAAAGGGACCGCUUUUGAAAGCUUUCGUGGCCCUAUAGGGGUUGGUAAAGUGGUCCCUAGAGGCCUCAGCCCUCAAGGUUGCCCCAAUAGGGACCACUCUGGAGUUCCUAAGAAUAUUAACGAAUUGAUAUGACCUAAGAACGGCCGUAGAAACUUGGAAAAACUGAAAGCGUUGACAUAGAAUUCUGAGGUAGAACUAGAGUGAAGCCUGAAUUAUCCAUCCUAGAUAUAGUUUUUUUUUUUCAUGUAGAGAUAAAAUCUUAAGGAAUGCAUGGGCGGUCUCGCGCAUCUGCUCAACGCGUCGGUCGUCCAGUUCUCGAAUUGGCCCAUUGCCGACGGCUACAUCACGUCCCUGAACGUGCCAGCGACGCCGUCGGCUUUCCCGAAAACCGGUUUGUAACACAGUUAUCAGGGUAUUUUUUGAGUCAUUACGUCGUCCCUGAACUGCCGCCUACGCAUACUUCUCCUUGUGAAGGCAAAAAAAAAAACAUGUACGCUUUUUCGAACGAAACAGAACGUUUUAAAAAAGCUCGUUUUCCGCUUUUUUCCUGGAAGACGUAUCAAAAAAAAAGUGGUACUUAGGAGCUCCAGAGUGGUCCCUAUAGGGGUUGGUAAAGAGGACCCUAGAUCUUUCAAAGGUUCCGAAGGUUGCCCAUUUAGAGGCCAUUCUGGAGUUCCUGAGUUGGGGCCACUGCUUGCAGAAGUGGUCCCUACAGGGGUUUUAGUUAGCGGUCCUUAAAGAAGACAUUCUAGGCGGUAGUUGUGAACUCUAAGCGAAGAAGCAUUUGCAUGAGAAAAACUGAAGGAAUAAGCGUUUUCGAAUAGAAUGGAAAGACCCCUAUAGGGUCCACUUGAGCUUUAGGAGCUAAGAGGUAAACCCAUAUAGAAAACAAACCCCCCUAUAUGAUAUAGGGAUCAUCUUGAUGUUACCUCUAUACCCCUAUAAGGACCAGUCUGGAAUUCCUACGUAAGAUCCCUCCAGAAGAAGAGGAAGAAAAUUAAAGAGAAAAUAAUUAAAAAUUUAAAUCCUUUGAAGUUUAUUUCAAAACAGAAACACAUUACGGAAAACGUGCACAGCCUGUUAAUGAGUCCCUUACAGGAACGCGUCUCAGUGGGAAUGGAAUGAACUUUUUGGAGCGAUGCAUGAACGUCGUGUUCCACGUGUGUAUCGUGUUCACUCGCUUUGUACAGAUGCACGUACUUGACACUCUUUUCAUCAGCCGCCAGCAUCCGACGGUCGGUCGUGCUGCAAACGAUUCCAAGACUUCUCUCCUUCAGAUCACCGUGGAACGGUCGGAAGCACGACGAACGAUCUACGCAGGACGCUCCGAGCUUCUUUUUGAAGUCGUUCGUCCCAUCAACAACCGCAUACGACACUUUGGUGCUGGCAUCACAGAGUUAGGGAGAAAAAUUUGACAAUAUCUCUUUCUUUUUACAGGAAACCUCAACAGUUUGCCACCACUAUCGACCAGCCUUACAACCUGGAGGAAAGUCCUCCGAGCGUCUACAAAGGCUUCGGCUAUAACUCUACCACCUCCAUCGGUCAUAUCCACUGUGAGAACACGACGAUGUCUUCUGAAAAGUCCAAAAGACGCAGUUGGAUGUUCGGAGUUACUGAACGUCCUACGGUCUCUCUCCGUCGAGACGCUAUCCUUACGCAGUUCCCAGACAUGGACUGGAAACGCAUCGACAGCAAUCCUUUCAUCCUCGUCAGCUUUGGCAGUGUCGCUCAGGUCGACAAGAUGUCGGUGCGGCUUCUGAGGUCUCUGCUCGACACGUUUGCCCGGAUACCCCGGCUCGUCGUCUGGCAGGCCAACGCCUCUCUUGAUCGUAUUCUCCAACGCGAGAAGAUCGAACUUCCGGACAACGUGCUCAUCUACCGCUGGGUUCCUAUCAAGCAACUUCUAGGUAUUUUCCCCAUUCUUUUUCGAUUACACUUUUUUUCUUUGAACGUACGCUGUUUUUACAUUGUAAGGAGAGCGAAAAUAGUUCAAACUCAACCUCCGCCAAAGUCCAAUCAUGGGCAAAGUCGGAACGAGUGGAAAAAGACUCCAUAGAAUUUUUCCUUUUUGAUACCUUUUUGCGCCAUUUCAUCGGUUCUUAUGCAACAUUUUUGCUGCCUCUCUCUUUUUCCACCAUUUCUUGAGCCUUCAAAGUUCCAGAAAAAAAUGGAAGGCUUUAUAAAGGGACCCUUUCUGUGGCCUUUUAUGAGCCUCUUCCUUUUAGCGACCUUUAUCCACCAUUCCGACCUUGCCCGAAAAUUUAUGAAACAUUUUCAAAGUUAUCUGAUUCUAUUACGCUUUUUUUAUCGUUGUUUUUUUGAUUCCUGAAGUUUUUUUGAGAAUUGAAAAAUUUUUUUGAUUUAAGGGGGGUGUGAGAAGGAAAUUUGACGCGAAAUCUUUCGGAGUUUUGAAUGACAAGGUUUCAAGUUGUACGCACCGUUUCCGACGGAUAUUUUCUCGUUUUAGUGGUUUUUCUGAAGAAUCAUCUUGCUUCAGCGCAUCCUCGAAUCGAACUGAUCGUGUGCCACGGCGGUAUCAACACUGUCAACGAACUCAUGCUUUUUGGCGUCCCCGUCCUCGGCGUCCCCCUUCAGGUAUCUUUGUCCCGAAAUUUGAGUAUUCCUCUUCUUUUUCAGGGUGAUCAAGCUUCGAACUUGAAAAGAGUCGUCGAAUUGGGAGCUGGUGAAAUGCUCACCAUUCAUGAACUAUCGGGGCAUUUGGAAGGCACCAUGAGGCACAUGUUGGCGAAUCUCGAGAGGUUUUUCCCAUUUUUCUGUCGUUUGAUUGUUAUCAACCUGUUUUUUGAUGUGUUGAAAUGAGAAAAGAGGAAGAGAUAUUUUUCAAAAAAGGGGAAAAAGUUAGCUCGUUAGAUAAUUGAAUAAUUAAUCGAAAACAGUGACUAAUGUGUACGGCUAGACGAGGUCAGAUUAAUUGUGUACGUUAUUUAAUGAGAAAGUUUAAUGAUAGCCAUAAAUAGAAAAGAGUUGAGAGUUAAUUGUUCCACUACGAAAAAAAGAGAAGUUACUACCAGGAAAAAAAAAAUGUAUUACCAGUUUUUUCCUUCAACUUCGUCUUUAUAUUGAUAUUCAAAACAAAAAUUUGCAAGCUGAAUUAAUAAGUGAAAUUUUGACGAGUCACCUUUGUUUGGCGAUGCUUAGGAACUCCAGAGUGAUCCCUAGAGGGGCAACCUUAGGCCCCCUUAGAGGGUCCCCUCUAGGGACCACUAAAGUUUGCAAAAGUGGUCUUUAUAGGUGUUUUAGUUAGUGGUCCCUAUAGGGGACAUGCAGGUCGAUAAUCGUUGUCAUGGGGAAAUGUAUAAACAUGUUACCCAUGGAACUGAUUUUGAAACGUACCUUAGAAAAUUCAGAGUGACCCCUAUAGGGGUUGUUGUCUCCCCCUAACCCCUAUAGGGACCACUCUGGAGUUCCUAAGUGAAAGAUCAGUUCGAGUAGUUUUAAUAAAAUAAAAAUUGCUUUUGAAAUGAUGCAAUUUUCGGCAGCGUUGUGUUGUGUAGAUGAAAAUUUCCUCUUUUCUCAAGUUUCUAGAUUUUCUUUAAAACCUUGUCACCACCCAAUGUUUCGACGUUCGCAAAAAGACGAUCAAAUGCAGAUAUUGGUUGCGGAGCGAGAAGCUGUCUCGAAUGCUGGAAAUGCAUCGCGAGAUGCGCGGCGACCUCCAGGGCUUCUGGUUGAACUGGACCGCCCGUCACGGACGCAAACUGGAGUCUCGUACGCUUUUCCGGAUGGAGUACCUCGGCGACGUCGAAAACGUCUUCUGGGCCUCCGUCGCUUCUAUUCUCGUCUUGUCCGCAUUUAUUUGUGCCUUGUGA